UGCGGAAGCACCGAGACAGGUAUGUUAUUACAAAGACUGGAUAAACUUACCUAGUGUCUUUUCAUAGAAUUUGAACCAAUCCAGAUUGUGUAGUUAUUUAAUGCUCUGUUGUAACAUUUGAACAACACUAUCGGCUUGAAUGAAGGAAAGGGGAAGCGUAUAGAACUGACGUAGCGUAUCAUUUGAGACGUUGGCAAUCGCGUGAGCGAGUCGUUUGCCAAGUUGACAUGAUUGGCAUUUGUGGCACUUUUAAGCCACCAAAAUGACAUAUUCGUACGGCUUGUACUUUUACCUAUCACUGCUGAAUGACACGUUGUGUGUGUGUGUCAAUGAGUCCUAAAAGCGUACUUAACAGACACUUUCCUCUGUAAACAAACACCAAGCUAUGCUUAGAGCGGAGGUGAGGAUAAGUAAGUUGCAGCAACGUAUCAUCAUGGACCGAUCGAGAAGCCGACAGCAACCGGCCCCGUCGACAGCCCACCUGUAGCAUCAACAUGGCACAUUCCACGGAGGGGACCAAAAAUCGGAGAGGAAGUGGUGCGGCUGGAGGAACCAUAAUGAAGAAUGGCAUGGUCAGCAUAGACCCCGUUUCCACAGCACAACCAAGCCCAGACCUCCACAACCACCAUGAGCACAACAACCCCCCCCUCACCCAGCACUCCCUGCCCAGUUAUAAGGCCUCCGCCCUGCACUACGGCAGCCCUCAGCGGGGCCAUGAUGACCAGGACUGCAACAGCCUGGCCUCCCAGGACUCUGGCAUCCCCACCCUGGAGAUCAACCACCCCGAGCACAUCCACGCCCACCCACACCCAGGAGAGAGUGGCCUUACCCUGGGGUUGAACCAUCACGACCAGGGCCCCGCUACCCUCUCUCUGGACCAGUUUGGAGACAGCACUGGCCUCCGCAAGUCUUCCACCUUCCCCCGCAGCAGCUACGACUUGGUGCGCCUCUUCAGCCCCGCCCCCAGGUCCAGCGCUGGUGUGGGAGUCGUCGCGAUGGGGAUGAGUGGCGUGGGAGGCAGAGCCCUGAACCGCAGCGACGACAUCUCGGUGUGCAGCGUGUCGAGUCUGAGCACGGAGCUCUCUGCCACGCUGUCGGCGUCCAACGAGGACAUCCUGGACUUCAUGGUCACCUCCGACUCCAGCGCCAUCGUCACCAUGGAGACUGACGAUGGCGGCAGCGCCCACUUCUCAGACGUGGCGCUGUCGUUGUCGCCAGGCGGUGAUAUCGGCGGGGGUCUGCGGAGUCCGCGGCGGAGACACAUGGAUCCGGGGGCAGAGGAUGAGGGCAAGCCCAAGAUGCUGGGGCCACUGGCUAGCUUCUUCAACAGGAGUCUGUUUGUCAAGAAAGUGAAGGACACUCGGCCGGUGGAGCAGAAAGACCCGGGCUGGAAGCUGUUUGGGAAAGUCCUCCCUAGAGACUGCUCAGUGAAACACCCCCAGAAAAUACAGAAGGAAUAUGAAACUAACAGUAGCAGAGAUGGACCUGGCCACAGUCCCCCGUCUCCCAGACAGAGUGUGAGGAAGAAUCUGGACUUUGAACCCCUCUCCACCACAGCACUUAUACUGGAGGACCGCCCUGCUAAUCUGCCAGCCAAGCCUGCAGAGGAGGCACAGAAACACCGACAACAGUAUGAGGAGAUGGUGGCCCAGGCGAAGAAGAGAGAGCUCAAGGAGGCCCAGAAGAGGAGGAAGCAACUGGAGGACAGGUGCAAGCUGGAGGAGAGCAUCGGCAACGCCGCCCAGACCUGGAACCUGGAGAUUCUGCCCAACUGGAGUGCCAUGUGUACGUCUCGGCGGGUCAGGGAGCUCUGGUGGCAGGGCGUGCCCCCAAGCGUCAGGGGCAAGGUCUGGAGCCUGGCGGUGGGCAACGAGCUCAACAUCACCCACGAGCUGUUUAACAUCUGUCUGGCCAGGGCAAGGGAGAAGUGGAAAUCUAUGCCUACUGCACCACCCACUGAACCAGAGACUGAAGAUGCAGGUUUGUCCCUGGCGGACAGAGAGGCCAGUCUGGAGCUGAUUACACUGGACAUCUCCAGAACCUUCCCACACCUCUGUAUCUUCCAACAGGGAGGUCCAUACUACGACAUGCUGCACAGCAUCCUGGGAGCAUACACCUGCUAUAGGCCAGACGUUGGCUACGUGCAGGGCAUGUCGUUCAUCGCGGCGGUGCUGAUCCUCAACCUGGACACGCCGGACGCCUUCAUAGCUUUCGCCAACCUGCUGAACAAGCCCUGUCAGAUGGCCUUCUUCAGAGUGGACCACAGCCUUAUGUUGAAGUACUUUGCAGCAUUUGAGGUGUUCUUUGAAGAAAACCUACCAAAGCUGUUUGUACAUUUCAAGGAAAACAACAUGACCCCCGAUAUUUAUUUAAUUGACUGGAUCUUCACCCUGUACAGUAAGUCGCUGCCGUUGGACCUAGCGUGUCGGGUGUGGGACGUGUUCUGUCGCGACGGUGACGAGUUCCUGUUCCGGGUGGCCCUGGGCAUCCUGCGCCUGUACGAGGACGUGUUGACCCGCAUGGACUUCAUCCACAACGCUCAGUUCCUCACCCGCCUGCCCGACCACAUCUCCCCCGACCAGCUCUUCUCACACAUCCACGCCGUCCACAUGACGAGCAAGAACAGGAAAUGGGGGCAGGUUCUUCAGGCCUUGCAGGAGCGGAACAGUCCAGUCCUAAAGCGCUGAGUCCAGUUAUCCAGGAGCAAAACAACACAGACACACGCUCAUUCUCCGACCCAGUACUCCACCUGACCGUAUGAAACACUAGACUAGCCCAGGCCAGGCUGUGUGUGAGAGCUGCCCUCUGGGACCCAGAUAGGGGCAUGGACAUACCCAGGCUCGGAGUGCUCACGGAUGGGGAAAACCAGCCAUUGUGUUCCCCCUGGACCUGGUUCAUGGAGCAGAGACACUGGAGGUCUGGAAAAGACUGGGGUAAGGGGGUAUGAGGACUUAUUAUGACCCCCCUCAACACAUGUUGUGUCCCCCUUCCCCAUAUCGAACCGGGCAGACGAAGGAUGCUCUCGAAUGUACUGUACACUCCCAUAUGUCUAUAGCAGGGAUGCUAGUUCCUCUUUCUCACUUUCUCCUCCCUUUCUACCUCUACUCCCAGCCUCCGUUGCCGUUGGUCAUUCCUACAAAUCAGCUGCGAUUUUUACUGUUAGCCUUUGUUUUUUUUUGUUUGGUCUGAUGUGGUUUCAAUGUGUUUUUAAUUUGUUUGCCGUUCAUUCGUUUGUUUUUAUUUGUUUCCGUACCAUUCUAUGACCUAAAGACUCCCAAGGAGAAGCCGUGGGUGUUUGAUUUGGGGACAAUUGUUCAUCGGCUUGAAAAGAGUGGAUAGUGAAUUGAUUUUUAUUCUUAUGAAGAUUCAUUGGAAAUACAACAAAUAGCAUUUUUUUUUGUAUGUAGUAUUGUUUGAGGCACCACAAUGUUACGGUUAACUUGUUAAAGAAACAUUUUACCAACCCUCUUCAAUGAGGAAAUAAGCUGCCUGGGUAAAAUAAAUGGAAGUGAUAUUUAAUGAUGUCCUAUACGUACACUAAAGUGGUUUUAAACUGGAACGGCUAACUUAGAUGACGAGAAUCUUCUGUGUCGUUGUGUAUGUCGGUUGCAUUUUUUUCAGUUAUUUUUAUUUUUUGCACAUUUCAUUUGUCAUCAAUGAAUUAUUCUGAUUUCUUUGUUUCUAUUUGAAGUGUCAUAUCUUAAUAUAUGUAACGGUUUGAUUUUGAAGCUGCUGCACCAAAUGUGUUUUGCUACCGAUGCCGGUGUGCAAUAGACGACUCAGAAAAGGAAAAGAGAUUGCAGAGGAUCUUCUGUGUCGAAAUGCUGGUAUCCCUAUUUGGCCUCAGUAUGCCCUUCCUCUAUUGGAUGUUCUCACUCGGUAUGUGCUGUAACCCAAUCAGAAGCGGUCUUACUCCAUGGUGAGGAGCAGUGUGGCUCAGAUCUAUUGCACGCUGUAUGUUCCCUGUUCCCGUAAUGCCUUUGCUAAUGUAGCUGAAAGACCUGCGUCGUGUUAGGAGCUCUGAUUUUACCCCGUUUCAAGGUGGGAGCUCAAUGGGAGAGAGUUGUUCAACAAGACGCUUUGGUGUGGUGUUCAGUUCACAGAUCGUACUACUGCUUUCAUGUCUGCCGCCGCCACCACCACCACCUGCCAAAAAGAUAACUCCUCUGUAGAUGAUUCUGAAUGUAUUGGAGGCUAGGUCCGAAUGCAGGUACCGUACAGAACGCGCCAUAUUCCAGAGCCCCCCAAGCAUUUAGUGAUCCCCUUUGGCUGUUGUGGAUCACUCCUCACCCCCCUGUGCACGUAGACAUUCAGAUCACUGUAUGAAGACGGAUGCACUCCCUUUUUGCAGUGAACGCUGCAAUACUGCAAUAAAAAAGAACAAUCAUUCUUGUCACCUCGUGCAGUUUCACCCCUGUAGUUUUCACACUGUCGUUUGGACAAUUUAUCCAAUGUUUUUAGGAUUUUUAUUUUGUCUUGUUGAGUACUUCCUGUCAUACUGUAUCAGUGUCCCUCACACGUGACCAUCGAGGAUCCUUGUGUGUGUUGUGUGUAUGUGCUUUUGAAGAGCUUCCGGUAACUCUGAUAGCAUGUGAACACGCCUUAUAUCACAGAAGUGCAACCCGGUAAGUAUAAAUGGCCCGUUUUACAUUAUUGAAUACAUUUUUUACAAAUCUGACCUUGCCAUGAAAUAGAAUAAUAGGGGCAUCAUGAUGAGUUCUGGCCAUUUAGAUUUGUAGUAAAUCUGCUUUUCUUUAUGCUUCGUUUUGAUUUGUCAGUUUGACUAUGCCCUCUUGUUUUAAUGUGUGACAUUUCCAAUGGACCCUUUUCUGUUGAGUUGGACAUGGGUGGGAGGUUAGCAAGGUCAAAACUGGAACUGUAUCUCACUUGAAGUGUAUAUAAACUACUGUUUUAUGAAAUAAAUGAUCUAUUCAUACCGGUUAA